AACAACAAGUCGAGACGGUUUUAAUUGAAAAAAAGAACUAAUGUAACAUAACUGAAAAAUGCGGGAAAUCUGUUUAUUUUGAUACUGGGAAGCUAGCUAUAUUCAUGGCAAUGAAUUCAACGAACUAGCCUACUUGUCGACUAAACGAAACCUUUUGGUUAUUAUUAGGUAUUUAUAAUGCAUUAGUAGGUUGACAAUAAUAUUGGCCUGCAGUGCGGGUGUUGUGCUCAAUGUGAGCGGUGUGGCACAUUGGGGACAUUCCCUGGUCCGCAGUAAAGGAUUUACGCAAGGGCUAAAUCAGAGCUCCAACUGAGAGAGCAACAAUGGCAGCUCUGAAAGGCGAGGGGAGGGGAGGCUUAAUGCAAAUACCCCUCUGGUAGCCUGCUCUUGUAGCCUGCUCCAACCUGCUCCAGCGUCCUCAAACACUGAUCAUCUGCAAGUUACAACCUGCGUUUGUGUCUUGGAAUUUUGCUGUAUUAAAUAGCAUCACACGUUUUACCUUUAUGCGUCUUGUUUCAGAUAGUAAAUUCUAUGGAUGGAUGUCCUAAAGUUGGACCACUUUUUUCGGAUCGUUCCUGUGACAGUAAGUGUCCCCGGAGUCAGGAGCCUCAUCCUCCCGAGCAGCGGCACCUGCUGCAGGACAAAGAGGACUCUGAUUCGCUGGACAGCUGCAUCCAGAGCACCCUGUCUGCGCUCUACCCCCCCUUCAGCGCCAGCGCGCCCACUGUGCUGUGGCAGCUCUUCAGCGUGGUGGAGCGGCAGUACCGCGGAGACGGCCUGCGCUGCCUCCUCGACUUCCUGCUCCCUGCCAAGAGGAUCCUGCAAACCAUCCAGCAAGACACGUGUCUCCGGUUUCGAGGCCUGCUGCUCUACCACGAGGGCUGGCCACUUUGUAUCCAUGAGAAGGUGGUCCUACAGCUCGCCCCGCUGCACAAGGUGCGCUUAAAGCAAGGAGACUUCUACCUACAGGUCGUCCCCUUAGGCCGCAAGACCGCCAAGCUGGUGAUAAAAUGCCUGUCUGGCAGCGGACAGGCCAUUGCAGAGAUCCCCAUCGCAGAGAGCAUGUAUGGCAAUGUCUUUUCUGCUGAGUUCCUGCAGAAUGUAACACAGGGCCGGAGCCUGCAGCCCCUACAGAACUGUCUGCUCACCACCGGCACCAGCGUCUACCGGACGGCCUGGAACAACGUAGUCAGCCCUCUGUUCGUCAGCAGCACGGCCGACGCCGUCUCACAGGCCCGCUGCGGCAGAGGGGGCCUCCGGGGUCAGCUCAGCACGUGCAGCACCAGCGGCUCCACGGGCACCCUGGACAGCCACCGCAGCUCCAGGGAGUCCCUGCACUCUCAGGGAGCCGACUCCAUUUUCACAUCCGAGCCCACCACCCCCAACAGGACACGUAUGGAGCCCGGCAGAGACCACCCACCUCAGGUGGAGAGCCUUCGCCUCAGUGCGGCACAAACCUCCACGCACAGCAGCGAGACAGAGGGUCUGGUUCUGGAGAACGGCAGGGGACACCACAAGGAGGGCAGCAGAGAGAGAGGACCCGGGUCCAGGACUCUCUCCUUCAGCACGGACCUGAGCAACCCUGGCCCUCGCAGCCGUCUGCCAAGGGACUCGGUCACGUUUGAGAGCCGACGGCUGUUCAGGAAGUCUUACAUGGAGGCCCUGCAGAACCCCAUGAGUAUCGGCUCAAGCUCGGAGUCCAUCCUCGAGGAGGGCCUGGAGCAUGGCGUGGGCCCCGGCAGCAGGGCCGGGACCCCGGGCAGCAGCCCCGACGCCCGCGCCACACUACGGGAGCACCUGACCCGGCGGCUGGGCUCCCGGAGCUGGCUGAGCGGGGAGGACUCCAGGCCCAGCACCCCCCUCCUCUACCUGCAGAGGGGGCUGCGGAGUGCAGAGAGACGCGCCGACCGGCGGUCCAAGUCGCUGGAGAGGACUAACAAAGCUGCCCAGGUUAAAGGUCACCGGGAGCGCUCUUCCUCUGGUGGCUCAGCCAGCAUUUCCUCCAAAAAGCUGAUGAAUGGUUACGCCCUGCGCUUUGGGAAGCUGGACCUGGAGGCGGCUUUCCCUGGCUCCGAGAGGAGGAGCAGCAGAGACGAGACUGGAACGCGUGAUGAUGGGGCCGGCAGCGAAUGCAUUGCGCUGCACAGCCAAGUGGAAGACAGAGCUGCGAGUCCCGGGUCGUCUGCGGGGCGGGGCCCGGGGGGCACCCUGUCAGACAGCUCCACCCCCCUACCAAGCCUCCUGUCAGAGGUCAACCAGGAGCUCCUGGAGUCUGGGGCCCUCAUUUUACCUGGAAGUAGAGACCGCAGUGGGCGGAUGGUGUUGCAGGUGUGCACCAGAGGCCGUGUGUGGGCAGGUGACAGCGCCACGGCUAAAGACCUCACCUGUCUGCUAUGCUACUACUAUUCCACACUGCGGAGGGAGCGACGUGAGCAGGGCCUGACGGUGCUGGUAGACAGCAGGAGGCAGCCGCCCUCCCCUGCUCUGCUGUUCUCGCUGUCUGAGCUCCAGGCGUUGUUACCAAAUGCACUUGACUCUGUUCUGUUCCUGGUGGACAAGGAGGCAGCGGCUCGGUCUGAGAGGGACCUUCACAUACAGAACGAGCUGGUGACGUCUCUCAAGUCCCUGCUGAAGCACAUAGACAACACCCAGCUCACAGCAGACCUGGAAGGCAGCUUCCACUACGACCACAAGCACUGGCUCACCUUCAGACAGAAAAUCGAGCCCUUCGCCCGGAGCUGCAGCGCGGCCAUCCGGUCUCUGCAGGAGUCCAUCGACAGGCUGAAGACCUGGAUCAGCCCCGAGACCUCCCAGGGUGUGUCUGAAAGAAUGGAGCAGCAGAGACACCUGAUGAAGAGCGUCCUGGCCGACGCGCGGCUCAACAGCCUACGCCUUGAAGGGGGUACGGUCCUGGCCCGCAUCAGGAAGGAGGAGGCCUGCCAGAACAACAACUACAGGGACGCUAUAGACAUGGUGAAUGCGCUGUACAACCAGGUAGACGAGGAGGUGCAUGAGCUGGUGAUCCUCUCCAACGACUCCCAGAAACAUUUGGAAAACCUUCUGGAGGUCUGCAAGUUUGAGGAGCAGACACAACAGGUCAAACUGUGGUUCAGCGUGGAAGGAGAGAAGCAGCUCGCACCGCUGGACUCACAGACGCUCUCUCUCACCUCCGUCAAGGAGAUGAGGCAGAGUUUGGACAACUUUCUCGCAGAGUCUCUGCACCAGCAGAGGCUGGGGCUGGCAGUGGUGAGGGCGUCUCCCGGGCGUCUCCCCGGGGCGGCUCUCCUCCUCUUUAAGGAGCACCUGGGCUCGGUCCUGACCCGGGUGGAGGGGAGGAAGACCAAGCUGGACACGCUCACCACCCUGUACGAGUUCUACGACUCGGCUAACAGGUGGAUGGAGCACUGCCAGGAUUACUCACACCAGCUCAGCAUGGAGAGCCAUGGGGUGAGCCUGCCGCCCGCCGUGCUCCAGAUCCUCCGCGACUACCACGCAGAGGCCAGCAAGUUCUCUCCACAAAACUUUGGCCCCCUCAACCAGAUGGUGCUCUCCCUGGACAGCCCGGGGCAGCUGCAGCGCUGGAACGCAUUGUGGCACCAGUGCCAGCAGACCAAGCAGCAGCUGGAGGAGACGCUGGCCAACGCCGUGAGCGCCGACGCCGCCGCCACGGCCUCCACCACGACCUCCACCACCUCUCCACCUCUCCAGUCCCCCCCGGCAGCCGUCCAUGUCUCGGGUUUGGAAGCCACAGGAAACACACAGCAGGAACCUACCGCAGGUCUGCACGGGCGGAAGGGAAGCCUGCCUCUCCCCAAAGGACCCCCCUUCUCCAACUCUAGCUCGGACCCCGGGGCCAGGCCGGCUCUGGGGGGUGACCGGGACGCCAAGCAGCCCCAUUCGCCGGAACCCCAAUCGGCGGGGCCCCUCCCCAAGAGCCCAAGCAGCUCUCUGUCCUCCUCCUCCCACUUCCCCUUCUUCCCCGGCGAGGGGGAGGGCCCGCUGCGCCACAGCCCGUCGCCGUUCGACGACACGGACAGUGACUGCACCAUGGACUCCUCGUCCGUCUCCUGCUGCUCGGAGCCGGCUUACCCGGCGGCGGCAGCGGCGGCCAAACACCGCAAGCAGCAGCCGCUGAAGAAGAUCAUGAAGAAGACCCUGAGCUAUGAGCUGACCCCCUCCAGGGAGGGCGGCCACUGCCACGGCGACACCAGCCACCUGCACGGCUACACAGGCGUGUACAUCCGCGGCCUGGAGGUCACCAACAGCGUGUCUGCCGAGAAGAAGCUGCAGCGGCCGGACUUGACCAGCCCGGUGCCGGGCCGAGGCCUCUCAUCCGCCUCGUCGGCCUCACGGCCAAACAGCAGACACGAGACACUAGGGGACGGGAAGAAGCAGAGCAGCAAGGCCCAGCACAUCAUGGACGAGAUGAUGGCCACCGAGCAGGACUACGUGCGCUCGCUCCACUACGUAAUCGAGCACUACUUCCCGGAGAUGGAGCGGCCCGACCUGCCCCAGGACCUGCGGGGAAAGCGCGGCACGGUGUUCGGCAACGUGGAGAAGCUGAGCGACUUCCACAGCCGGUACUUCCUGAAGGAGCUGGAGUCCUGCAGCCAUGCGCCCCUUUCCGUCAGCAGCUGCUUCCUCCGACACGAGGAUCAGUUUGGAAUGUAUGCCCUAUACAGCAAGAAUAAGCCCCAGUCGGACACCCUACUGUUCAGCCAUGGAAACUACUUCUUUAAAAACAAGCAGCUGGAACUUGGGGACAAGAUGGACCUGGCCUCCUACCUGCUGAAGCCCAUCCAGAGGAUGAGCAAGUACGCCCUGCUGCUCAAGGACCUGAUCAAGGAGUGCAGCCCGUCUGAGGAGCAGGAGCUCAGCGAUCUGCGCACCGCCGAGGAGAUGGUCAAGUUCCAGCUCCGCCAUGGCAACGACCUCUUGGCUAUGGACGCCAUCCAGGGCUGCGACGUGAACCUGAAGGAGCAGGGCCAGCUCCGGUGCCAGGAUGAGUUCAUUGUCUGGUGCGGACGCAGGAAAUACCUCCGCCACGUCUUCUUGUUUGAGGACCUUAUCCUUUUCAGCAAGACCAGGAAGAUCGAGGGCGGAUACGACCUCUACAUCUACAAACAGUCCUUCAAGACAGCGGAGAUCGGCCUGACGGAGAGCGUGGGCGACCGCGGCCUGCGCUUCGAGAUCUGGUUCCGCAGGAGGAAGUCCCAGGACACGUACGUCCUCCAGGCCAGCUCGCUGGAGGUCAAGGCCGUGUGGACCGCCAUCAUCGGCAAGAUCCUAUGGAGGCAGGCGCUCAGAAACCGGGAGCUACGCAUGAAGGAGAUGGUGUCUAUGGGCAUUGGCAGCAAGCCUUUUAUGGACAUCAAGCCCAGCGAUGCGGCCAUCAGCGACAGAGCGAUUGACUAUAUCAUGAAGGGAUCAGAAUGUAGAACGCGGGCGUCCAUCGCGGUGUCAUCCUUCGACCACUCCUUCUCCUUCAAGAGGCCCCACUCCACCAUCUCCAACAGCAGCACCUCCUCCUCCAGCAGCCAGUCCUCCUCCUCCCUGCUGGGCUCCCUAAACCUCCACCUGUACUCCUCGCCCGCCCACCCCCCCCAGCCCUACCCCUACCCCCAGGGCAGCGUGCCCUUGUUCGGCUGGUGGCCCUACGACUGCAUCGAGGAGGACGAGCAGGAGCAGGACGCAGGCCUGCAUUCCUCUAUGAUGACUGAGGGCCCUGAGGCAUGCCUCCAGGGGCCUCCCGGGGACCACGGCAUCACGCGCCCCCCCGGGGACCGCGGUGACAUGGGGCCCCCCGGGGACCACGGCGUCAUUGGCCGCCCCGGGGACAACGGUGUCAUGGGGCCCCCCGGGGACCACGGCAUCAUGGGGCCCCCCGGGGACCACGGCGUCAUUGGCCCCCCCCGGGACCACGGCGUCAUGGGGCCCCCCGGGGACCACGGCGUCAUUUGCCCCCCCGGGGACCACGGCGUCAUUUGCCCCCCCGGGGACCACGGCGUCAUGGGCCCCCCCGGGGACCACGGCGUCAUGGGCCCCCCCGGGGACCACGGCGUCAUGGGGUCCCCCGCCCCUGCCCUCCCAUUCGGCGCUGAAUCCUACAACAACCACAACAAAGACGAGGCCGAGGCUAUCUCCUCCUCCGGGUUUCUGUGCUCUCCCACACACUCCCUCACACCCGCUACUCCCCUGUUCCAGAGGGACGCUGACCUCCAACGCCCUGUGACCAAGUACAUCACCGCACUCUAGGAUGGAGACACUCGUUCAAAGCGCCACAGUGAAAACGUUCAACAGCAAAUUGGAAGAUGGGAAGCAAGUGAGGACAGGCUGGAAAGACAAUGUCUGCUGAGCACUGAGACUCAUAGCUGAUCUCACAUACCUUAAGACUUGAUAAUGGCAUUUAUUGUUCAUGCCGUAAGGUGUAAAUUAAUACUUAAGAGUAUUAAAGUUGAUGGAAAUGGUACGUCAUGUUUUGCAUAUUUGUUUGAAUUUACUGCUGUAAUUAUGUGGCAAUGUUUAUAUUGUAGAUGAGCCUUUAUUUAGUAUUUUGCAAAACGGAGGAAGCACAGUAAGUUCUGCAUUCAAACUUUAAGAUUCUGUUUAUAAAAAGCAUUUUCAUGUGUCAUUCUCAGUUCAUUUUGUAAGUCUGUACAGUAUUCAAAAUGUUUUAAGAUAAAAUAAAUAUUUCAUGUCAA